AUGCUCGUGCAAGCCUUCCUCUUCACCGCGCUCGCCGCCCUCGGCUCCGCAAAGCCUGUCCCGGCCCCAUCAGCCAGCGCGUGCACUCGAGAGCAUGGAACCUACGACGUCUGCGACACGGCCCACUCGUACAUGCGAUGUCAAGGACACAGACCCAUAAUGGUGGCCGACUGCCGCCGCCCGCACUACUGCCAGAUCAUCAACGGCAAGGGCAGCUGCAACGGCUUGAGCCCGCCUCUGAUGAACGCUACGACAUCCCGCUAA